AAAAGAAAAAAAAGAAGAUGUCGCGUUGCUGCUCUCAGUGCGGCAAUAACGGCCACAACUCUCGCACUUGCGCCGAAACCGCCGGUGGAGAUGGUGGUGGGUUCAUGCUUUUCGGUGUACGAGUCACCGAAGGUUCCAACUCCAAUUCCCUCAACAAUUCUAUGCGUAAAGUCGUCAGUAUGAACAACCUCUCGCAAUACGAACAACCUCACGAUCCUAACGCCGAUCUUGCCUCUGGCUACGCCUCUGACGAUGUUGUCCACUCUUCCGCCGGCCAUCGCGAGCGCAAGAGAGGAGUUCCAUGGACAGAGGAAGAACACAGGCUUUUCCUACUAGGUUUGCAGAAGGUUGGGAAGGGAGACUGGAGAGGUAUUUCUAGAAACUUCGUCAAGACUCGUACGCCUACACAGGUCGCUAGCCAUGCCCAGAAGUACUUCCUCCGGCGAAGCAACCUCAACCGGAGACGUCGCCGAUCUAGCCUCUUUGACAUGACCCCCGAUACGUUCAUGGGAUCGGGGAAUGAAGAAGAACAAAUCCUCCAGGAGAACACAACUCAGGCAGACUUACCACCACCGCCGAUAAACUGCAACAUGGGUUUUCCGGUGCCGGCAUAUCCAAUGACGCUUACUGGAAGCAGCGGUAGCAACGAUACUCCUACGAAGCUAGUCCGUCCGACACCUGUGAUACCGGUUCCUCCUUCGUCGAGAAUGGCGGAUCUUAAUCUGAACCAGAAUUCACCCGUAGAUUCUUCACCACUAUCUCUUAAGCUUUCCACAUCACCCGAUCAGCAGCAAUCGUCGAGGCACUCUGCUUUCCAGGCUAUGCCAAACUUUAACGCCGGCGAUCUUGAUUCCAAUGGUGGAAGCAUUAUCAGUGUUGCCUGAGAAUAAAUAAUUUUCUCUUGUUUGAAAAGUGG